ACACGAUAGUAGUCGUAAUAUAUAGGCAUUUCCUGUCACGGUGCCUUCAGUAUAAACCGCAACCAUAAUAAGACACCUCGAACGGGGAUAAAGACUGCGGAAGAGACGCCGUGACCCGUAAACCUGCGUCAAAGGUCGGCAUUCUGAAUGACACGGUGUUGAUAAGGAUUAUUACUUUACUCUGAGACUGACUCAGGACUCAUAUGGAGCAGUUGGAUGGUGGCAGGGCCUUGUCAUUUUGUGGCAACAACAGCAGUGCCUACAGUGUGACAAACGGCGUGCUGAACAAUCCCUGCUUCGUGGAUGCUCUCAACCUGGUUCCUCAUGUCUUCCUGCUCUUCAUCACCUUCCCCAUCCUCUUCAUUGGUUGGGGCAGUCAGAGCUCUAAAGUCCAGAUCCAUCAUAACACAUGGCUUCAUUUCCCUGGGCACAACAUGAGGUGGAUCCUCACCUUCUUGCUGCUAUUAGUCCACGUCUGUGAGUUUUCAGAAGGCAUCGUCUGCAACAUGAUGAUGGGUACCAACCACCUCCAUCUCUUCAUGCCAGCAUUCAUGGGUUUUGUAGCAGCCACAACAUCAGUCGUUUACUACCACAACAUAGAAACAUCCAACUUUCCCAAACUGCUGCUUGUCCUUUUCAUCUACUGGGUGCUGGCGUUCAUUACAAAGUCCAUAAAGUUGUGGAAGUUUGCCGAGGACAAAGAUGCAGCACAGUAUAUCAGGUUGUACAUCACUGCACUGUUAGUGAUCCUGUAUGGACUUCUGAUGGCCGUGGAGAUCAACGUCAUCAGAGUGAGGAAAUAUGUAUUCUUUGCCAACCCUCAGAAAGUUAAACCACCGGAAGAUUUACAGGAUUUGGGGGUUCGUUUUCUGCAGCCAUUUGUCAAUCUGCUGUCAAAGGCGACAUAUUGGUGGAUGAAUCCUCUCAUUGUCGGAGCCCAUAAGAGGCCUAUAGAGCUGAAGAAGAUCGGCAAGCUGCCCAUCGCCAUGAGAGCCCUCACCAACUACCUGCGGCUUAAAGACGCCUAUGAGGAUCAGAGGACACCCGAGGACCCGGAUAGGUCUCCAUCGAUCUGGCGAUCCAUGUAUCGCGCGUUUGGCCGUCCCAUCCUGCUCAGCAGCACCUUCCGCUACUUGGCAGAUCUGCUGGGCUUUGCUGGGCCCCUCUGCAUCUCUGGGAUCGUUGAACAGCUGAAUUCUGAAAAAGAUCCAGUAGGCAACAAGACAACGGACACCCAUUUCGAGAACUACCUCAUGUCUUCCAGUGAUCUUCUGCAGAACAGCUCCAUCCUGGCUGUUCUUCUCUUCCUGGCUUUAAUCCUGCAGAGAACCUUCCUUCAGGCCUCGUACUACGUCACCAUUGAAACAGGCAUCAACAUGCGGGGAGCUCUGCUGGCAAUGAUCUACAACAAAAUCCUGCGCCUAUCCACCUCCAACAUGUCAAUGGGGGAGAUGACGUUGGGGCAGAUCAACAACCUGGUUGCUAUAGAAACCAACCAGCUCAUGUGGUUCCUCUUCCUCUGCCCCAACCUGUGGGCCAUGCCCGUACAGAUUGUGAUGGGAAUAAUUCUGCUCCGUUAUUUUAUGGGCUCAAGUGCCUUGGUAGGAGCGUCUGUCAUAGUUCUGCUGGCUCCGGUCCAGUACCUUAUAGCUACAAAGCUGGCAGACACACAGAAAAUCACACUGGAACACAGUACAGAUCGUGUUAAAAAGACCACUGAGAUCCUAAAGGGCAUAAAGUUGUUGAAGCUGUACGCCUGGGAGAACAUCUUCUGUGACAGUGUGGAGGAAACCAGAGGCAAAGAGCUCACCAGCCUCAGGACCUUCGCCUUCUACACAUCCAUGUCCAUUUUCAUGAAUGCUGCUAUUCCCAUUGCUGCGGUUCUAGCCACAUUUGUGACGUAUCACAUCCUCAAUGAAGAAGGCCCCAGUCCUUCUCAGGCCUUUGCAGCUCUGUCACUGUUUCACAUCCUGGUCACCCCGCUCUUCCUGCUUUCCACUGUUGUCAGAUUUGCUGUGAAGGCUCUGGUUAGUGUUCAGAAGCUUGGUGAGUUUCUACAGAGUGAUGAAAUUGGAGACGACAGCUGGAGAAAUGGUGACAUAUCUGUUUCCUUCGAAGCUGGAAAGAAACCCAUGGGGAUGACCAAAGCCAUCAACAGGAAGCAGCCAAUGCGCUACCAAAUGGACAACUAUGAGCAGCCAACCAGGCGACAGAUGAGACCCUCGGAGACAGAGGAUGUGGCUGUAAAGGUCACGGGUGGAUCCUUCACCUGGGGAAAUAACCUGUUGACACUGUCGGACAUCAACAUCCGGAUCCCAACAGGUCAGCUGACAAUGAUCGUGGGCCAGGUGGGUUGUGGGAAAUCCUCCCUGCUGCUGGCCAUGCUUGGAGAAAUGCAAGCCAUCGAGGGGGGAGUCUACUGGAGCAAGCAGCCUGAUUGUGAGGUGAUCCACGAGGGGAACAUAAGUUGGUCAGAGGCAGAGGAGUCUGAUGAAGACAUCAGGAGCAAGAACAGAAACUCUGUUGCCUACGCUGCCCAGAAGUCCUGGCUGCUCAACGCUACUGUGGAGGAAAACAUCACCUUCGGUAGUCCAUUCAACAAACAGCGGUACAAAGCAGUGAUUGACGCCUGCUCUCUGCAGCCAGACAUUGACCUGCUGCCAUUCGGAGACCAGACUGAGAUUGGAGAGAGAGGCAUCAACCUGAGUGGAGGGCAGAGACAGAGAAUCUGUGUGGCCAGAGCUUUGUACCAAAACACCAACAUCGUCUUCUUGGAUGAUCCAUUCUCAGCACUCGACAUCCACCUCAGUGAUCAUUUGAUGCAAGAAGGAAUCCUUAAAUUUCUGCAGGAUGAUAAACGGACCGUGGUUCUCGUCACCCACAAACUGCAAUAUCUUAUACAUGCAGACUGGAUUAUAGCAAUGAAGGAUGGUACAGUCCUGCGUGAGGGAACUCUGAAGGACAUUCAGACUCAUGACGUUGAACUUUAUGACCACUGGAAAACCCUGAUGAACAGGCAGGAUCAAGAGCUGGAGAAGGACAUUCAGCAGGACAGUCAAACAACACUUGAGAGGAAGACGCUGAGGAGAGCUUUCUACUCCAGAGAGGCCAAGAACCAAAUAGAUGAUGAAGAUGAAGAAGAAGAAGCCGAGGAGGAAGACGAUGACAACUUUUCCACGACCACCAACAGAAGGUCAAAGAUCCCUUGGAAGGUGUGCUGGUGUUACCUGUCUUCUGGGGGGUUCUUCAUGGUCUUCCUCAUGAUUUUCUCUAACCUCCUCAAACACUCCGUCAUUGUGGCGAUCGAUUACUGGUUGGCUAACUGGACAGAAACAGGAACAGACAUGGUUAAUGGAACCAGACCCACCAACAGCAGCACGAAUGGCACCAACACCACAGUGCAGGAUUCCUACUAUCUGCUAGUGUUCAUCAUCUUGUGCGCGGCUGGAAUCACUUUAUGCCUCAUCACCUCCCUCACUGUGGAAUUUCUUGGUCUUUCUGCAGCCACCAACCUGCACCACAACCUCCUCAACAAGAUCAUUCACGCUCCCAUCAGGUUCUUUGACAUCACUCCUUUGGGGCAAAUCCUCAACAGAUUCUCAGCUGAUACCAACAUCAUCGACCAGCAUAUUCCUUCAACGCUGGAAUCUUUGACGAGAUCCACGCUGCUCUGUUUGUCAGGCAUCGGGGUCAUAGCCUCAAUCACUCCUAUUUUCCUGGUCGCCUUGGUUCCCCUGGCUGUGGCCUUCUACUUCAUUCAGAAGUAUUUCAGAGUCGCCUCCAAGGACCUCCAAGACCUCGAUGACUCAACACAGCUUCCUCUGCUCUGCCACUUCUCUGAGACUGCAGAAGGUCUCACCACCAUUCGAGCUUUCAGACACGAGGCUCGGUUCAAACAGCACAUGCUGGAGCUGACCGACACCAACAACACAGCGUACCUGUUUCUGUCUGCUGCCAACCGCUGGCUCGAGGUCAGAACGGACUACCUUGGAGCAGUGAUUGUACUGGCAGCGGCGGCAGCCUCAAUAUGGAGUUUCCAUUACGGGCUUCAUCCCGGAGGUCUGGUGGGCCUCGGCCUUACCUACGCCCUCACUGUCACCAACUACCUGAACUGGGUUGUGAGGAACCUGGCAGACCUCGAGGUUCAGAUGGCAGCUGUGAAGAAGGUCAACAGCUUCCUCAGCACAGAGUCGGAGAACUACGAGGGCUCUAUGGAUGCCUCUCAGGUCCCUGAGAACUGGCCCCAGGACGGUGAGAUAAAGAUCCAGGGCCUGUGUGUGCGCUACGACCCAAUGCUCAAACCGGUGCUCAAACACGUAAACGCAUACAUCAAACCAGGCCAGAAGGUGGGGAUCUGUGGCCGCACAGGCAGCGGGAAGUCUUCUCUGUCGUUGGCUUUUUUCAACAUGGUGGAUAUUUUUGAAGGAAAGAUCAUCAUAGAUGGGAUUGACAUCUGUAAGCUUCCUCUGCAGACUCUCAGGUCUCGACUCUCGAUCAUCCUCCAGGAUCCUGUUUUAUUUAGUGGAUCAAUAAGGUUUAAUCUCGAUCCGGAGAAGAUGUGCACUGACGAUCGACUCUGGGAGGCCCUAGAGAUCGCUCAGCUCAAGAACAUGGUGAAAGCUUUGCCUGGAGGACUAGACGCUGUCGUGACAGAAGGAGGAGAGAACUUCAGCGUUGGGCAGCGGCAGCUCUUCUGUUUGGCUAGAGCUUUCGUCAGAAAGAGCAGCAUCUUCAUCAUGGAUGAAGCCACAGCAUCUAUAGACAUGGCUACGGAGAACAUCUUACAGAAAGUCGUGAUGACGGCGUUUGCAGAUAGAACAGUCGUAACAAUCGCACACCGUGUCCACACCAUCCUAACAGCUGAUCUGGUCAUUGUGAUGAAGCGAGGCAACAUCAUGGAGUACGACAAACCUGAGACGCUUUUGGAGCAGGAGGACGGGAUGUUUGCUUCGUUUGUCAAAGCGGACAUGUAGGGACACGCGGGACCCAACGGCUGAAUACCUGCUCAGUUUCUUGUUUUUUUGGUUUUUUUUAACCUCAAUUACUUUCUUGUUGAGGUGAACAGCCCUCUGAGAGACUACCCCACUGCGGGGAAGCCGGUAACAUACUGUUUCUACGAGGAGAAGCUUCCCUGUGCACUCACCAAAUGGAGACAGGGUCACCUGUCAGUCAGUGGGUUUAAGAAGUCACACUAAAGAAGUUAGGAAGUAAAAGAAGGUGCUUUGGGUAGGCUUGCUAAUCAAUGAGUCCAUCGAUUGGUUUUUAUUUUGUCUGAAUUUAACAAAACCCAAUUACACAAACCACAACAUUACUAGUAUUUGGACUGGAAAGUGAAAUAACAAAGAUAUAUGUUAUAUGUGAUGGAUGGCUAAUGCAAACUACAAAUGAAUAUAUUUUCUCACUUGUCUCAUAGAAAAUCUAAAGUUAUUUUUCCGACUUUCAAGAUUUUCUCAAGAUCUCCCUUCUGAACAAGAAAAUAAGCAAUAAAUAUAAUGCUUGCGAAGCUCACAGUAUCAAAAUGAGCAGCCAGGCAUAUCUUUCCUGUGCUCUAAGACUAAGAAUAGUGAGAACAGUUAAUAGUUAAUAAAGAACUGAUAAAAAGUUAUUUCAUUUCUUAUUGCCAGUAAAUCCCACGAAUGACCAAACCUACUAUAAAAUAUGUAAUGUGUAUACUAAAUAACGCAACCACAAAUACAAAAAAGUAAGUCUUAAAAACUGCAGUUGUGGCCACUUGAUGCUGGCUUCGAAAAAUCUUCACAGAUCCUGUGUCAAAAUGUCUAAAUUUACAAAAGAAAUGAACAUGUUGAUGAAAAACGUGUAUCUCAGAUCGGUUGCCUGCAGUUGCUAGGUGAAAUCAGCCACAAAGAGGUGUACGGAGCUGCACUGAAAACCGCUGUGGUUGCUUUGGUGUGUAUCAGAUUGCUGCGGUUGCAGGUUGUGCAGCAGUGAAACUGUGAGGAGUGUGAUGAAGACUGCAAAUGACGACUGUUCACCUUCAAAGUAAAAGUUGUUCCUUUUGAAACGUGUUGGUUUUGGCAGUAAGGCACAACUCGCCAAGACAAGUCAACAUUUCCAAUGCAAAUCUUCAAAUUCUAGUGACAAAACAAAUGAAUCAGGGGCAACUUGGAGUUCAGCACAUGCAGACUAGAUGAGCCAAGAAUCAAACUACCAACCUUUUGAUUGGUGGACAACCUGCUUCUCCUCCUGACCUAAAGUUGGCCACAUGACAGGUGUCUAGGACUAUACGACCCAUUUAAACUUGAUUAAACUUGUGGAUGCACUUUUCUAACCAAGCUAAUAAGCACUAGCUGAUAGCUUUUGGCUCCAUAAAAUGUCAAGAUAAUGCUAAAGCCAUGACAUCAUUAUUGUUAUAACUACCAUAUUUAUAUAAAAUCUCUCUGAGAGCACCGAAUAUGGAUUACCUGCCUUAACAAAUGCACUGUUACCUCUUUUUAACACAUUUUUUACACCGUUUUAAAUGGAUUUGAAAGGUUUUCUUUAACAGAGUUCCUGGGAGUUGAGGGAUGUUAGAGGCUUAUAUUAGUUGGUCUGUUCAUGGGAUUUGUAGACAGUAGGAAAUACGUUCAGUUUAUUAAAUAUAAAUUAUGGCUUUGAGAUUUUAUUUCAGGCGUUGAGGCUGUGAAAAGUGUAAAAUGUAAAGAUUUAAUAGUUGGAGAGUGAACAGAAGUGUUUGUUUCAUAUUAAUAGAAUUUUUACAGUCUUUAAUUAUCUUGUGUAAAAUAUUUGUUACUUUUUAGAUCAUGCACCACCUCUGUUUAUACUGACUAGCACCUGUAUUAUGCAAUAAUAAUGAUGGAAGAAUUUUUAAAUGUAUUUAAAAUCCUUUUUAAAAAUGACUGUUGGCUCUUUGGCCAUUAUUUUUCUGAAUAACGCAGUGGAAGGAUUUUAAAUCGACCCUUUUGUAUUCUACUCUACUUUUUGACCUUAAGUUCUGCCAUAGAGGUAACGCUGAUAGAAAUGACAAAGCUGAUGGAAUCAUAUGGUUUUAUUAACCAGUUUAAGAAUGCAUUUAUAACACAACUGACUGUUGUGGCCAUUCUUUGACUGAACAUGUGUUGACAUUUUUCACAUGAGAUGCCAAAAAUGAGACGUCACAAAAUACCAACAGGAGUUUCCCAAGUGAAAGCUGGAUACUCUAUUUCUGGCCUACUUCUCCUUCCUCCCUGUUCUAUCAGUUGUACGUCUAUGCCUCCAUUAGUACAAACACUGUAAGGUGUCACGGCUCGGCCUGCAGCCAGUGAACCUGCUGUCUGUCUGCGGUCAUGCUUUGCUGAACUUUUUAUCCUCGGGGACAAUAGAUACCCAGCGUGGCUCCCGUUAACUCCAGAGAUGCUUCAUGGAUGUUUGAGAGGGCAGUGAUGUCUUUUCUUUUUUUACUGAGGAAGAGCAGUGACUUGCAGUAACUUAAUAAUCAGUUCUAGGGGCUGAAAUUUAGAGCUACAUCAAUCUCUAUUUUGCACAUUAAUAAUGAAGGAUUGGUAAUAAAUUGGAGGAAACCAAAUUAGAGCCCAUAGGAGAGAGUGAAUUUUAGAGAGUGAAAUUUAGCAUUCACAGGGUGAACAUAAAGAUGAGUCCAUAUAGUAAAAAAAGAGCUUUUGCAUAUGGGAACUGCUCCAUCUCUUUGAUGGGAUGAUAUCAAGACAUGUUUUUAUAUAUUUUUAUUUUUAAAUAAUGAAACUUUAACUCAUGAUCACUGUUUUUAUCAGACUGAUUGGAUUCUCCUUGGAAGUCCUAGCUAACACUUUUAGUUUUCUGUGCAAUGGAUUGUGUAGUAGAUUUAGAUUUAAUAUUUUCAUGUAGCUUUGUUUAAAGUGUCCAUUAAACUAGGAGAGUUCAUUUUCUGCUGGAAAUCCUGUUAGAGGCAGACACUUUGUCUCUGCAUGCAGAGUUAUGAAGGCAUUUUACAUGCAUCUUCAAAACCAUAAGCCACCUUUAAAAAUGAAAAAUGAACAUUUGAUAUAUCAUUUCUUUCAUCUGUACAAAGAAGUUGUAAUGUUGGCUAACUGACAUUCUAAAAAAGCUUGUUGAUGGUUUUUCGCUCGGCAUGUAUAAUUCAACUUAUGUGGAUCAGGUCUCAUGAAAUUUAAACUAUAGGAUGAUGUUGUGAGCUGUUGUACAUGUGUAAAUGUUAUUUUAGUCCAUUGCUAGGUGGUUGCUAGGCAAUGUAAUGGCAUCACAAUAUCUGACAUAGAUAAGAACCUUUGGGGGCCGGAAAUGUACCUGUGAGCCAAGUUUGUCUGCCCGACUUCUGAUGCUCUGGGAGGGGUUUGUGGACAAAGAAUCAAACACACAGACAGAGAUGCCAGAGUCCUUUCUUUUGCAUUGAAAGAAAAAUAUUUGGGAGACAGUAUCUCAUAAUUAUGACUGUUAUCUCCCAGAUAAAAGAAAACUUCUCAUCAUCACAAGAUAAUGUACAAUAAUAGAUAAAUGCAACAGAAAUGUGCCUGACAAUGUUCACACUGUGCAGUGGGACAGGAAAUGGAACCACUUCAUAAUGUGCUUGGGAACUGUUGUGUUUUUAAUCAUUUUGAGAUUUAAUAAGCAAUUUAGUGAUGGUUCUUGCUUCUGUUGGUUUCAAAUAAUAGAGAUAGUCAAGAUUCCUUGUCACUGUCACUACAAUGCAAGUUUUUAUAUAUAAACAGCAGAAGUCGUCCCUUUCUGUAGUUAAAAACACACGCAACUUGCAUAUCAAUGAAUUAAUAGGCUAUUUAAUUAAUAGUCAGGCUUUUUGAAUAUAUAAAAUGUCUUAAAUAUAAAUGUUACCCAAAGGAAACCAGCUCAUUGCCAUCACAGUGAAUCACUUUGCGCUGCCACUCCUGUGCUCUCAAACAUAAAAAUGACUGACCAGCACUUACGGGUCUCAGAUUAAGUGAUAAUAAAUUAUACUCGUGAGCCAAGGUCUCAGCUUUUGGGUGAUAUUUUCAGUGCACAGCACUAUGUAGUUACAGCUCAGCAUUCAGUGCAUUUCUUUGGAAUAUCUUUUCCAACCUCUCUGGGAGCGAUGCUAUUGUCCCUUUGUAUUAUUGUAUAUUGAUUAGACUUACUUUGCUUUUGGACUAAAAUUUGAAACUUUGUACUGUACAGUGUUGAAUGCCAAACAUGAUUUUUCAGCCUUUUCUUGUUUAAAUAUCUUACAUGUUUCAUCUCAAGAAAUUGUCACUUAAGCUUUUGAACUUUGUGGUUUCUCUCAUUUUACAACCUGUUUUAAUAUAUUUAACACAACGAGCUGACACGCGAGGUUUACCGUCACACUUGGUGAUCACAAGCUUCGCCUGCACUUUUCUUUCCCCUGACAGCUUUAACUGUAACACUGAAUGUCUUUGUUGUUUUAUAGCUUUAUAUUCUGUCCCUGCAGUUCUUCCAAGUCCUCGUCCGUCUCCUCUGUUAGCGAUCGAGUGCUCUUCCUCUUCUUUGAUCCUCGUUCAGCAGCACUUUUUAUGCUCUUGGCCACCGUCACACUCAUAAAUCCUUUGUUUUCCUUGCUGUGCUUCCAUGCUGCUCCUGUUCUGAACCUGCACACGGCUGCCUUGUAAACUCAUCCUCUCACACCCCAAACCGCUUUUUGUCUUUGAAGCUGACAUUUUACACCAAGAGCAAAAAAGCAGCGGUGCCAUUUUUCCAUGUUACACUUUGCACAGGUUUUUUCACUCAAAGAAUGUCUCUUUUCGAACAGGUUUCACGUGUGUUUUAGUUUCUGGGAACAAACAAGUACAUAAAAACAGCGAAUGAGUGGAAAUGUAAGGGAACUGCAUGCAACUCAUUGUCGGAGCUAUGCAGAGAGCUUUACUUGCUUUCAUGAAGUUGACUGUUAACAGAGAGCAUCUUAAAUACUGACAUCUUUCUCACAGAUCAGUUUGGAGGUGGUCAUUUUUUUCUAACUGUAUGUACAUUCUGUAUGUAGUAGCCUGUAUAUCCAAGGGUUUAAACAUAUAUAUAUUAAACUGCUAUUAUUAUGUGUGCCUGAUUUCUUUUUUUUACACUUGUAAUAACAAUAAAAUGCUUUUGAGUGA